UUAUAUUCCUACAUACUCUGUUGUUUGAACGAGAUGUGAACUACUUAAUUAUAUUGGUUUCGUCGCCUUCUAUCAUAUCACACGUUCAUAUGUAUUAUUGAGAAAAAUAUAAAAGAAAUACUGAAUCCCUAUAAUAUUAAUUUUUACGAAUAAAUCGAUGUCUCAACAUUACUAUUUUUUGAUGGUCAUAGACUGUGACGUGUGACAUAACAUCUAAUAUUAUAGAUCUACUUUAAUAUAGAAAAAUGGCUACUUGGGCUGAAGAUGAAAUCGGACGAAAAUGGGAUCGGUGUUUUACUGACGCUAUAUUUAAGUUUGGAGGAGGAAUUCUACUUGGAGGAGUAUUCUCCCUAUUUUUUUUCAAACGAAGAAAGUGGCCUAUUAUAACUGGUGGAGGCUUUGGAUUAGGUAUGGCAUAUGCUAAUUGUCAAGAAGAUUUGAAUUCUACAAUAAGGCGACAAAAAUCCAGAGAAUGUAGUAAACCAAAUAAAGAAAAACCAGCUGAAGAGAAGAAAAGUUCUUAGCAAGCUUCCUAUGAAAAAAAUUGUUAUGCUGUUACCAAACAACAUACAAUAUACCAAUAAACUAGUUGAACUUGUAUUAUAGCCUCAUACAAAAUAAACUCUUUCAUAACUUUAAAUUAA